AUGUCGCAGUAUGGCCGAGACCAACCUUCAAAGACAGCAUCGGCAAAGUUUCAGGCUAAGCCCCAGCGUGGUCGAGACCGGCCACAGCGAUUCGACCCGUGUCGCCCACCAAAGGCACUUGGGGCAGGAGGUGACACGGGCACUUUCACCUCACACGAGGAGGCUGUGCUGAUGAUGCUGACGCUGCUCCUGCUGCUGCUGCUGGGGGCGCAGUGCUCGAGUGCGGGCAAGAUGCUCAAGCUGGCGGCCGCAGCCGCUCUGCUGGGCCGCCACAGCAUUAUGCCCGUGCCGCUGCCUAUCCCGUAUCACGAGACCAAGCACUGCCCGUACCACGUGCCCGUGCCCGUAGCCUACCCCGUCCACCACCAUGGCCACAGCGCAAGUCACCAUUCACACCUGGGCCACGUGACGACUAUCGUAGCGCAUGGAUACCAUGGUCAAGGACACCACGGCUACGGCCAUCACGGUUAUGGUUCCGGACAUUACGGCUGACGAUGUGAAUUAGUCCAAGCACGGUCACAAGCUCGUGUCUUCGAUACGGCGAAAUCGA